GUUGAUCGUGUUUCCUGCCACGCCUCAGGAGAAACCUCAGAGUCCUCUGUGGAGGUGGAGAACAGAGGAGAGCAGGUGAGGUGGUACCUGUCUUCCUUCGCCCCUCCCUAUGUAAAGGGGGUGGACAGCAGUGGGGAUGUGUACCGGGCCACCUACACAGCCUUCAGAUGUCCCCGAGUCUCUGGAACCCUGGGAGCAUACCACAAGAUGCAGGUGCCCAUCACCUUCCUGCCCAGGGACCGAGGGGACUAUGCUCAGUUCUGGGACCUGGAGUGUCACCCAGUGGCUGAGCCUCAGCACAAGACCAGGAUACGCUUCCAGCUCUGUGGCAUUGGUGUGAAGGUUGGUCCAGCGGUGGCUCCUCAGGAAGCAGACUGUUCUCUGGUGAAGACUGAAGCCUUUAAGACCAGGAGAAGACCUGACCCGGUUGCUGAUGGGGGCAUGACUGGUCAGGAGGAGGCUCUGUGUAGGGGGUAUACGCCCCCCAGGACCACCUCUCAUUCCCCCUACCAGGGUAGGGGAGACCAGCACACUGAAGGUCAACAUGAGAAACAACUCCUUGGAAACACAUGCGCUGAUGUUCCUAACCCCUAAAGAGCCCUUCCACAUCAAGCAUUCCAAAUAUUCCCUAAGAUCCCAACGCUACAUCCACCUGCCAGUCCAGUUCAAGCCGGUUGUAACUGGAAACCACUCCAGCGUGCUGUUGGUUCAGACGGAUACCAGUGGAAACAUCGCUAUCCAGCUGACUGGUGAGGCCCUGGCCUGACUGGCCAAGAGGACUGCUGGUCUGGGUCAGUGAGGACUGCUGGUCUGGGUCAGUGAGGACUGCUGGUCUGGGUCAGUGAGGACUGCUGGUCUGGGUCAGUGAGGACUGCUGGUCUGGGUCAGUGAGGCCCUGGCCUGACUGGCCAAGAGGACUGCUGCUCUGGGUCAGUGAGGACUGCUGCUCUGGGUCAGUGAGGCCCUGCCCUGACUGGCCAAGAGGACUGCUGGUCUGGGUCAGUGAGGACUGCUGGUCUGGGUCAGUGAGGACUGCUGGUCUGGGUCAGUGAAGGACUGCUGGUCUGGGUCAGUGAAGGACUGCUGGUCUGGGUCAGUGAAGGACUGCUGGUCUGGGUCAGUGAGGACUGCUGGUCUGGGUCAGUGAGGACUGCUGGUCUGGGUCAGUGAGGACUGCUGCUCUGGGUCAGUGAGGACUGCUGCUUUGUCCAAUAUGGCACCCUAAUCCCUGAUAGUGCACUGCUUCAGGCCUGACAACGUCUCAUUGGUUCCACCCCCGGCAACGUCUCAUUGGUUCCACCCCCGGCAACGUCUCAUUGGUUCCACCCCCGGCAACGUCUCAUUGGUUCCACCCCCGGCAACGUCUCAUUGGUUCC